GUUUCUGCAUGGUUUAAAUCGUGGUAUAGCUAAUGUGGUGGAACUGCAGCAUUAUGUUGAAUUAGAGGAUAUGGUGCACAUGGCAAUGAAAGUAGAAAGGCAACUCAAGCGUAAAGGUGCCACCACCAGAACUGAGCAAAAUCCAGGUUCCUCAUUUUCUUGGAAACCAAAUUGGAGCAAAAAGGAAGAAACUUCUGCUUUUAAGCCUAAAACUUCAGCAUCUAAGUCAAAAGACGUUGGCAGUAGUGAGAAGAGUAAAACUGAUAGUAUGCAAGGCAGAAACCGAGACAUUAAGUGUUUUCGAUGCUUGGGAAGAUGGCAUAUUGCGUCGCAAUGCCCUAAUAAGCACAUGAUGAUCUUGAAAGAGGAUGGAGAAAUUGAAACAGAGGGUGAAUCUGAUGAUGACUCUAUGCCACCAUUGGAAGAUGCUGAUGAUGGCAUGGAAUAUGCUGUUGAUGGAGAACUGCUUGUCACCAGGCGUGCUUUGAAUGUGCAAGCCAAAGAAGAUGAUGAAGUACAAUGUGACAACAUAUUUCACAUGAGCAAUUCCAAACCAACCAGCAUAUUGAAGCAAUCCCAAUGGGACGAAAGAACUUCAAAGGCAGGUCGAAGAACUCAUGAAAAAGGGACAUGUGAGAGAAAGCAUAUGAGUCCAUGUGCAGUUCCAGUGCUACUUGUGCCUAAGAAGGAUGGGACUUGGCGUAUGUGCAUUGAUUGUCAUGCAAUCAACAAAAUCACUGUAAAGUAUCGUCACCCUAUUCCUAGAUUAGAUGACAUGUUAGAUGAGUUGCAUGGUUCUUGCAUAUUCUCUAAAAUUGAUUUAAAGAGUGGAUAUCAUCAGAUUAGGAUGAAGGAAUGUGAUGAAUGGAAAACAGCCUUUAAAACAAAACAUGGUUUAUAUGAGUGGACGUUGUCAACCUUAUUGCGAUCUAUUAUUCAGAAGAACUUGAAGAAUUGGCAAGAGUGUUUGCUCCACGUUGAAUUUGCUUAUAACCGGAGCAUCCAUUCAGCAACUAACUGCUCGCCAUUUGAGGUUGCGUAUGGUUUUAAUCCACUUACUUCUUUGGAUUUAUUGCCAUUACUGAUGGGAAUCAAGAUGACAGCAUAUCUACUACAUCAUGUGAUCCAUUACACACCCAAGGAGGUCCAGUCAUGCAAGUUAGAGCUAAGAAGAUGCAUGAAGUUUUUAAAUGGCCUUAUUGAGCAGAUCUGGGUUGAAAACAACAUACAACAAGCAAAUCGAAGCUUGGAUGAUUAUCAAGGCAUGGUAAACAUCAUUCAGGUUCAAGAGAAGCUUAGUUGAGGUGAUAACUUCAUUUUGUUGUGUUUAUGUUGUUCUAGGUUCAUUGACAAACCCAGAAACUGCGUUUCAUGAGGAACCCAGUUGCUGGGUUCCUCGCGUGGGUUCCUUGCGGUACCCAGUUUCUGGGUUUGUCGAGGAACCCAGUUUCUGGGUUUGUCGAGGAACCCAGUUCUGCGUUCCAACCCCUGCUCUUUUUUUUUCUUAAUUAUUUUGAAUCUAUCUAUUUAUGGGUUGAAUGAAACAAAAAUUUCAUGUUCAGAUUGUGUUUGGUUUGAUAUUUGGGUUUGAAAAUGCAGGUGAUAACUUCAUUUUGUUGUGUUUAUGUUGUUAUAAACAUCAUAAUUGGUG